CAGUGGAAAGUGUGAAGAAAACCUCGAAGAUCAUCAAUUUUUGCGAUUUUUAAAGUGAUAACGAACAUUGAACCCAAGAAAUUAUUGAUAUUCAUGACCACAAGUGGAACUUGAUCGACUCCUUCGCUCAUCAACGCCUCCACACAGCUCUAGAUCAAUUAACCAAGGAAAUCAUCGAUAAUGAGCACUGAGGAGAGUUCUGUGGUCGUUGUGAAGGCCAAACCCGUGAGGAAGGUCUUCAAGGCUCCUGUGAGGCUCAACAAAAUACCCCAGGAACUCCUGAAUGAUCCUCUGUUGAAUGCAGCCGCAGCUGCACUCCCCCAGAAUUACAAUUUCGAGAUUCAUAAGACCAUUUGGAGGAUCAGGGAGACCAAGGCCAGGAGGGUAGCUCUACAAAUGCCCGAAGGACUAUUGUUGUAUGCAACUACCAUUGCGGAUAUUAUUGAGGACUUCACAGAGGCCGAGACUGUCAUCAUGGGUGACGUGACUUAUGGUGCCUGUUGUGUCGAUGAUUAUUCGGCGCGAGCCCUGAACAUUGACCUUCUGAUCCACUACGGGCACUCGUGCCUCAUCCCCAUCGAUCAGACCGCUGGGAUCAAAGUCCUCUACAUAUUCGUGGAUAUUAAGAUCGAUACUGCGCACUGCAUUGAUUGCCUGCAAGCCACUCUCCCAGUGAUCACGAAAAUAGCGCUUGUGAGCACGAUUCAGUUCGCAGGAACACUCCAGGCGAUCGCCAGGGAGAUGAGGAAUGCAGGGUACGAGACGACUGUGCCCCAGAGCAAGCCGUUGAGCCCUGGAGAGAUUCUAGGCUGCACAGCCCCACAAAUCCGUUGUGCAGACGCCCUCAUCUACAUUGGAGACGGUAGAUUCCACCUGGAGGCAGCGAUGAUAGCGAAUCCAAGGCUGAGGGCCUUCAGGUACGAUCCUUACGACAAAAAACUCACAGAAGAGUUUUACGAUCACGAGCAGAUGAGAAUUGUCCGGCAGAAUGCCAUAGAAAGGGCCAAAAAUUCAGAAACCAUUGGAUUGGUUCUUGGAACGCUGGGCAGACAGGGAAAUCCUGCGGUUCUGAAGGUUCUGGAGAGGCGAAUCAAUGCUCUUGGGAAGAAGAACGUCAACAUUCUUUUGUCAGAAAUAUUCCCGGAUAAAAUUGCCAUGUUCGAUCAUGUUGAUUCCUUCAUUCAGAUUGCAUGUCCACGGCUGAGUAUAGACUGGGGCACGGCCUUUCAGAAGCCAUUUCUCACUCCAUACGAGGGCGCUGUGUCACUAAAUCUAUCGAAAUACGAGCAAGACAAACCCUACCCCAUGGACUUUUACGCAUCUGCUUCUCUCGGCCCAUGGACACCCAAUCACAAGCCGAAUGAUCUCGAGAAGCAGAGUAACGCCUGUUGUGGAAAAUGUAAGGAUAAAUAAUAUUUUAAUUAUUCAUUUUAAACGAAUGCUUUAUUGGAAAUAAAGAAAACCUGAU